AGGAAAAGUAUCAAUACAUUUCUGAUUUCAUGGUAGAAGGUCUGAAGAAUGUCACAGAAGAAGUACGUUCUAGCAACAAAGGUAGUAAAGAACUACACUUGGCCGAAAAUGUCGGAUUAGCAACAAAAGAAAAGUGUCAUAAACGACUACCACAGGUAAUAAUCGCUGGACACUACAAAUCUGGUACUGGGGCAUUAACAAAGUUUUUGAAUGAGCAUCCGCAAAUUUUCGCAUGCCUGGAAAGUGGAGAUAUACAAUUCUUUAAUAAAUUUUAUAUUUCAAGAGGAUUCCGUUGGUACAGAAAUAUUAUGCCCUGCACGUUUAAAACCCAAAUAACCAUUGAAAAAACAGCGCACUAUUUUUUACAUCCUAAAGCAGGUCUUCGUAUUCAUGACAUGAACCCGAAGCCAAAAAUUAUAAUUAUACUUAAAGAUCCAGUAACAGUUGCAGCAUCGCUGUAUGCAAUGUGGAGGGAACACAAACAUUACAAGGCAAAUGAAUAUUUGUUUGAAAGAAUGGUAACAAUGUUCGAAGGAACCACUUUGCAAAUAAAUCCUUUUUCAAGAAUUAUACAGAUGUGCUCGUACGUGGUACCUAUGCAACGAUGGAUUAAUCUUUUUAACAGAACCCAAUUACUGAUUCUUGACGGAAAUUCAUUUGAUAAACAUCCUUUAGGAAGUCUUAUGAAAGUAGAACAGUUCUUAGAUGUGAAACAUUUCUUUAACAUGGAACAAUUCGUAUAUAAUUUUACAAAAGGCAAAUACUGUUUUCGGAGAGCUAAUAAAACAGUCCUAUGUUUGCCUAAAGGUAAAGGUCGACCGCAUCCGGAGAUAUCCGCCGAAGUCGUACAAAUGCUUACUGAUUACUUUAAACCAAUAACCAAACGACUUUUUGAAAUUAUUAACCAGACUUUCCCAUGGUGAAAAAAAUGCAUCUUAAUAUAACUCUGUGCUAGAUUCACUUGUG